AGCGUCUUUGUGAGACACAAGUCAACGUUGUAGUUUGACUAACAAGGAUAACAAAUUUACUCCACUCAUCUUUCUCUGCUUUCAGUUAAGUUCAAUCUCGGGUUGUGUCGUGUCAGCCAUAAUUUUGGCAACAUGAUUUCAUAAAUGCCUUUUUUUUUUCUUGAAUAAAUUACCCCCUUUUCUUUUCUUCUACUUCAAGCGCCACUUUUCACGCCACCUCACCACCAUUAACUUGUAAAACUGGUCCUGCUUUGCUUCAAAUCUUUUAAGAGAGGCUGAAAGCAAAGCGAAUUAAUGGGUAUGGGAACAAGCACUUUUGUGAUCAAAUGGAUAAACUUUCUCACCAUGUGCAGCUUUUAGCCAUUGCUGUUAUAAUUUUUGGGGUAUGGAUGAGUACUCAUCACGACAACUGCAGAAGGUCCAUCACUCUGCCUGUCUUAGGCCUUGGUGCUUUCAUCUUUGUAAUAUCUAUAGUUGGCUUCUUGGGUGCAUUGAAGAACAACUCCAUACUGUUGUGGAUUUAUCUCAUAAUGUUGUGCAUGGUUUUGGUGGCAAUCUUGGUAUUCACAGUGUUGGCGUUUAUUGUUACAAAUAAUGGAUCGGGCCAUAAUGUGGCUGGUUUGAGGUACAAGGAGUAUCAGCUUAAAGAUUACAGCUCAUGGUUUCUGAAACAGCUUAACAACACUGAAAACUGGAAGCGCUUGAAGAGUUGUCUUGUGAAAAAACAAGACUGCAAUAAUCUAUCAAAAAUAUAUAAGACUCUUAAGCAGUACAAGUCAGCGAAAUUGACCCCUAUUGAAGCUGGUUGUUGCCGACCACCAUCUGAAUGCGGUUAUCCAGCGGUAAAUGCUUCAUACUAUGACUUGAGCUUUCAUCCUGUUAGUUCCAACAAAGACUGCAAACUUUAUAAAAAUUCACAAGCUGUCAAGUGCUACAAUUGUGAUUCCUGCAAGGCUGGAGUUGCACAAUACAUGAAAACCGAGUGGAGAAUGGUUGCAAUUUUUAAUUUGGCUCUGUUUAUUGUGUUGUCAAUUAUAUACUUUGUGGGAUGCUGUGCAAGGCAAAACGCUGUUAGAAGACGCUCCACCAAAAUUUGAAAGCGCACCAUCUAUGUGCUCAAAUGUGUCUCUACAAGAAGGAAAUCUGCCUUGUUUCUGAAUAUUCUGAUGUUUUCUUAGAGUUGUUUCGUUUAAUUACUAUUUAACUUGAUUAAACAGAUUGAUAACCAAUUGUAAUUAUUUCAGUAAGUAUUUUGUCAUUUUUAUUUCACAUCUUUCUCUAAUGUGUACAGACACGGAAACAUGAAUUUUUCCUAACAAAUAUAAAGAAGUUUUACUA